AUGCCGUCCUCACUCCAGAUGGCCUCCAGAAUAUUCGGCCGGGCCACUCGCAGCUUCGCUAACAUCGAGGCAGCCCCUACGAAACGCCUGCUCCCGGCCCUCCGCAACGCCAGCGGACCGCAAUGCCGCGCUUACACGCAGUCGCAGCGACCCCGGUCCGCGCAGCAGUUCCCAGGCACAUUUGCUGCACGCCAUGAAUUCUCUACGACGGCGUUCCGCGCCCGCGCCAAGACGAUGGGUCAGCUGCGACAGCGGAACUCGACCGGGCCCUUCUCGUGGAAGGCUGCGCUGUUGUUUGUUCUCACUGGUGCAGGCAUGGUCAUCUACUUCCGCGUAGAGAAGGCCCGUCUGGAGCGAAAGCGCAUUGCCGAGAUGAGCAAAGGUGUUGGUCGACCCAAGGUUGGCGGACCCUUUGUUCUGAAGGAUUUGGAUGGCAAGGAGUUCACCGAGGAGGAUUUGAAGGGCAAAUAUAGCUUUGUCUACUUCGGCUUCACGCAUUGCCCGGAUAUCUGCCCCGAUGAAUUGGACAAGAUGGCCGAGAUUAUCGAAAAGGUUAAGGAGGCCACCAAGGGCGAGAACAUCUUCCUUCCGGUGUUCAUCACUUGUGAUCCAGCCCGUGAUACCCCCGAGGUUCUCCGUGAAUACUUGAAGGAGUUCCACCCGGGCAUUAUUGGCUUGACUGGUACCUACGAGCAAGUCAAGAACGCCGGCGAGGAUUAUCUGGUCGACCACAGCAUCUACUUCUAUUUGAUGGAUCCCGACAAUGAUUUCGUCGAGUGCAUUGGCCGACAGGAUACUCCCGAGUCCGCAUCCAAGGUCAUUCUCGAACACAUCAAUGACUGGAAGAGGGAAGGAAAGCCACUGAAGACCCAGUAG